AAGUGAGCUCGAUCGAGCUCACUUUUUUGCAGGGCGCGUCCUCCAUGAUCAAUUUCGACCUACGACGCUGCUGUCAAGAGCUAACAUCCCAGGAAAGGCUGCAUUGAAACGUCGCCAGACUGGAAGGGCUUCUUUGAUUGCACUGGUGGCGCUCUAGAUCAUGCUAGAAAGUGCAUAAGUGGAAUUGGACAAUUGGUCAAAGUAGCAGAUGCAGUGCAAAGUAGCUUAUUCUGGCCUCUCUGCUCUUAGCACUCGCUUGAAUCUCCACACCACUCGCUCUAUCUCUAAACAAAGCUCUUCCAAUGCCUGCCACUGCACAAAUGUCGAGUCCCCUUUACACAAACACCGCAUAAGACUCAGAUCAUUGUCUCGUGACGGCGUAUCUCUCGCCUGGUGUCUUGACAACCUUCGAAGUUACCCACUCAAUGCUGGUCAAAAACUCCACCUUGUGAAAGGCACCAUGUCGAACCCAUCAGCAGCACUUGGACCUAGGGAGCAGGCCAGUACCAACCCCGUUCUGUCCAGAGAUAGCUCCACACAAGCUGCAGCACCUGACGCGAUGGGAGGUGCUGAGAGAGUAACUAGGGAGGGGGCCCUUUCUGAGCGAGCUGAGAGAGUGGUGGCAAGGAGUUCCUCACCUUACUAUGCCGGAUGGAAAGAAGUAGCCCGGAACCCGUACGACAAGAAAUCCAACCCUGAAGGCUGCAUUCAGCUGGGUUUGGCUGAAAACAUGUUGUCCGUUGACUUGAUUGAGGAGUGGCUCUCAGUGCACCGACUAGACUUCUCAGGCUAUCCCGGGGGCCCUGCGAACGUACACGAUGAUGCACCAUACCAGUCCAACCACGGCAGCUUGCGCAUUCGACAAGCGUUUGCUAAGUUCAUGCAAAAAGCUCUGCAACUGCGAACGCCCCUUGAACCGGAGCACGUCCUCGUGGGGGGAGGCUGCUCGGGUCUCAUCGAAAUCCUCGCCUUCUCUCUAGCGGACCCGGGGCAGGGCUUCUUGCAUCCCAGCCCCAUCUACCCGGGCUUCGAGACCGACACCCUCGUCCGUGCCGGAACGCCUCUCUUGCUCGUCCCGGGGAAGAGCGCCGACCACUUCGCCGUCACCCGAGAUGACCUUGAAGCGGCUGUUGCCGAGCAUUCCGCCCGGGGACUGGUGCCCCGAGCGCUUCUCCUAGCCUCGCCCAACAACCCCCUCGGAACCACUUACACCCACGAACAGCUCUCCUCCUACCUCGCGUUUUGCAAAGCCCGCUCCCUCCACGUCAUCUCUGACGAGAUCUACGCCGCGUCGGUGUUCGGGCCCCCGGCGUUCGUCAGCAUGCUGACGGUCGUCGAGGAGUCGGACAAAGAAACGCGCGAGUUCGCGCGCGAGCACGUCCACGUGCUGUACGGAAUCUCGAAAGACCUGGGGCUGCCCGGGUUCCGGCUCGGGGGGAUGUACACGCGGAACGCGCGGCUGGCGGAGGCGACGUCGGCGCAGCUGCGCUUCUGCUCGGCGUCCAGCGUCACGCAGCGGCUGGUGACGUCACUCCUGGAGGACGAGGCGUUCCUGGACUACUUCUUCGAGGAGAAUCGUACUCGUCUUCGACGCCGGCAGCACCUUCUCGUUACCGGCUUCGCCGAAGCGGGAAUCCAGACCGUCCCAGCAAACUCCGGCCUGUUUGUAUUUGCAAACUUUCGGCCCUUCUUAGAAACUCUGGACGAGGAAGGCGAGUUCGCGUUCUACAUGGAAUUGCUGAAAGAGAUCAGGAUAAACGCCAACCCGGGCGUUGCAUGUCGGUCACCCGAGCCGGGCUGGUUCCGCGUCUGCUUCGCGGCUGCGUCAGACGACGCGCUCGAGGCGGCUGUUCAUAGGUUGAAAGACUUUGCAGAAAGGACAAGGCGGAGAGACUGAAAUGAUUGUUGUUGACAUUGUCCGAGCCGGACUUCUGAUUGUGCAAGCUCCAGUUGUGUCCCGUUGGUACAACAUCUGCGCG